AUGAAGUCCGAUCCGCCCUCCAAAAACACCUGUGAAGUCUGCUCCCGCAACUUCACUCGAGUCGAUCAUCUCAAGCGCCAUCAAUUGCGCCAUUCCGGUGUUAAGCCCUACUCGUGCAUCUUCUGCAGUGAAUCCUUCGCUCGAUGUCGUCGCGGCGACCGCAGGAUCCCCGAGACCGGCCAGAGAGGCAGACGCCGUCAUGCCUGUGAAUCGUGUACUUCGAUGAAACUCCGGUGCGAUGGAAUGAGUCCAUGCGGUUCGUGUACGAAACGCGGUUACCAAUGCAACAACGAGCGCAAAGAUCAGAAAACACCCGGACUCGCGGCGGGUGCGAUACAUUGCCAGGCCGACAAUGCUCGGUCGACGAUCCGACAGCCCAAUUCUUUCAGUCCCACGAUACCCAAGGAGGAGGAAUACGAUGAACCGUCGUCGGAUCGAGGGUCGAUCCGGUUUCUCUUGAAUGGCGGCACGGACGGUUUCACGGAGCGGUUUCUGCUUCCGCCGCGCAGUGACCGAGCGCGCGGCCUCGAGUACCAUACGCAGAAGGGGCUGGAGGAAACCGAGAACUCGAUGAUGGGCUAUCCCGGCGUGAAGAACCACGAGCCGGAUUUUACGCCGGCAUUCGUGGAUUCAGACCCGGCGGCGCUGUCGUUCUACCAGGAUACUUUUCUCGAAUUCUUCAAUGGGCCGUUCGGCGAUCCGAAUAAAUCGCUGGACGGUCUGUAUGCAGGCGAGAUUCCCUUCCAGGCGGUGAUCCCUCCGACGCAGGACCCUCGGUUUCCGUUCCCCGGACAGGAGCCCGUCUACGAACCGGAACGACCAUUCGCGAUGGCAAUGAUCCAGGCGAUUCGUGCUAAGGCCUGCUCCGUUCCGCUGAAUCUCAAGGCGCAGGAGGAAAUCGCGGUCGGGUUGAACUUUUUGCUGACAACGGCGCGCAUCCGCAAGUUCAUCUCUAUGUAUUUCAGAUACUGGCAGCCCAGCUGCGCCUUGCUCCAUCAGCCGUCGUUCGAUCCGGAAACCGUCUCCCUGCCGCUCCUUGUGGCCGUGGUGUUCAUGGGAGCUAUGUAUUCGAGCGAUACGAGAGAAGUCUACCUUGCCAGACGCUUGGUGGACUUCGCAGAACUUUUUACAUUUUCCAGUGAUAUUUACUCAUGCGAGAACGAGAUCGGCUCGGCAUUUGGUGGGCGCCGCAACACGGAAGUCGAGAGCAGUGACUGGACUAUGUUCCAGAACUUCCAGGCUGGGUUCAUCGUGGUAGUUGCGCAGUACUGGAGUGGAAGCCGGGUGUCGCGAAACCGCGCUAUGGAGAAUCGGUUUAGUGAGGUUAUCAAGGUCGCGCGCAGAAUCGGCCUUCCUAAAUGCCGGCACCGAUUAGACGAACGUACACACGAGUUCCUAUGGAUCCAGACAGAGUGUCGAAUUCGCACCAUGGCAUUAAUAUCUCUCCUCGACUGUGCCUUUGUCUUCUACCAAAACUACCCCUGUCGCUUAACCCACGCCGAGAUGGAAAGCGACUUCCCCAGCGCAGAGGCCGUCUUCGCAUCCGAGCACCCAUUCCAAGAGCCGAAGUUCUUACUCACGCGCGAGUUUAACAUCAUCGACACUUUUCAAAACCUAUUCCACGAGCACUGCAGCCAGGCUCCAUCUCCAUCCGCCCUCAGCAGCCCCAGCACAAACAUGCUAGCAGGCCUAACAGUCCUCGACAUGUUCAUCCUCAUCCACAUGCUCUACGCCUUCAUAAACACACACAUGACUCUCCUCGCGCCUCUUCUCCGAAGAUCCCGCGCCUCAUCCAAGAAUUCAAUCCGUGACUCUCGACUCGGUAAACGCCGCCGAUCAGCCAUUCCGGAGGACUCGACUCUGUCUGCCAUCCGCAUCGCGUUGAGGAACUGGCAUGAGUAUUGGGAGACGCUCAGCAGUACAAUUUCUCAGGACGAGUGGGCGUCCAUGGGCUUUUAUCGCAACGGGUAUAACUUUUGGCUCGUUGCGAGGCUCCUGAUUAAUCAGAAAGAGAGCGUCGAUGUAGUCAUGCAGAUGGAGGUGAAGUGCGAGGAUAAGUUGCAGAAGUUGAGUGUUUUGCUGCAGGAUGAAAACGAUUGAAGCGCUUGGCGAUAUACAACACAUCAUGGUUUGAAUAAUCGCAGCUUCGUCUCUUGAACACCUCUAUGGAAACUGAGACUUCUGCGAACGAACUCCAGAACAUACCUGCAUUAUUCCACGCCUGUGGAUCCUGUAUCCCUGUUCGGGCCUUCGCCGGGUUAUUGCAAACCAAAUAUUCCACAGAUCCGAGUCGCAGAACACAACACCCCGUGGGAUAUAGGGCAGAAACCCCGAGAAGCACUUGUGGAAAGGCACUUGUCCCAAAACACUACAUUGAAAGGGAAUUUACACCCGGUCGUGGUUGUCUCAUGGCUGGAUCUAGCUUUGACAUACUUUGAUACCUUACUACUUAGGAUACAGGCAGAUCGGGAGUUCUAUUAGAUACGGAUUGGUUAGGUUUGAGGCUGGCCUUUAGCUAGAUCAAGAUAUUGCAAUAGAUCGAUGAAUAUUCUGUUCCUACUUCACACUUGAAGAGAUGGGCUGAUGGGAG